AUGUUCAAUAUCGCAAGCGCUCCAGCGAGACAGAGCGUUGGGGAGACCAUAUCCACGCUGAGCUCGCGCUUGGCCAGCUCCACGCUCCUCGAAGAUAGGCGUGCAGCUAUACUCGGGCUUCGUAGUUUUGCGAAAGAUUACCCUGCGAGUGUGGCCAGUGAUUCCCUGCGGGAGUUGAUUGCUAGCCUCAGCAAAGAUGGAGAAGAUGUCGACACUGUCAAAGUGGUUCUAGAAACGCUGAUAAUGCUCUUCAACCCCAAUGAGAAUAGCCCCGAGGCCUCGGAAGAAAUUACUUUAUGGAUAGCGGACGAGUUUACACAACGUCAAGAAAACAUCACUCUCCUGCUAGACUUCCUAGACACGAACGAUUUCUACGCUCGACUCUACUCUCUACAACUUCUCUCUGCCAUUUUGGCAUCUCGGGCUGAGCGAACAGAGGAAUGUAUUUUUACUGCACCUUUGGGAAUUUCGCGACUCGUUUCGGUACUAGAUGAGAGAAGGGAGGCUAUUCGGAAUGAAGCAUUAUCAUUGUUGACAUACUUGACACCAAACUCUUCCGAACUACAAAAAGUGGUUGCUUUCGAGAAUGUUUUUGACCGAAUAUUCAACAUUAUCAAAUUGGAAGGCUCUCUUUCACAUGGGGACAGAAUAGUAGAGGAUUGUUUAAUUCUUCUAGCCAACCUCCUUAGACUGAAUGUGUCUAACCAGUCUUUUUUCCGUGAAACUGGCUGUGUUCCAAAGCUCUCCAAGCUACUAAAUGAUGCCCUUGGUGGGGAAGGAGCCGAGGAAGAGGUUGCUGAGUGGGCGAAAGUUCAGAGGAAUCGGAACAUAUACGCGCUCUUAGCCGUCUUAAGAUUAUUUCUUAUCACUGGUGGUAUUGGUACUCAAGCAAACCAAGGCUCCUUCUGGCAGCAUGGAGUCUUAGCUCUCGUCCUUCAAUUGGCAUUCAGUCGUCAAACUGAAAUACAAAUCAAAGCAGAGGCUUUAAUCACAUGUGCAGACUUGAUACGGGGUAGCCCUAGUCUUCAAGAGGCUUUUGCACAGUUACAGGUAACUUCUGUAUUAGAUGAGCCUUCUACCGAAGGCAAUGUGCAACAGAAUGGGAUUCCCAAAGUUUACGUGAUUGAUGGUUUACUUGAUCUCACCUUGAGCGUUCCUACCCUAGCAGUCUUCGACGUCAGAUUAGCGGCUUGCGAAUGCAUCAAAGCAUACUUCUUCAAUCAUCCUGCGAUAAGGAAGCAUUUCCUACGACGAGCUAUUGAUGGUCAUACGUCUGGGGCAGACGAAACCGCCAAUGUUUUAACUACUCUUCUGCAACCGCUGGAUAGUCAUGUUUCUGGAGAUCCAUAUCGAUAUUGGCUAGCAGCUGUUAUACUAUUCCAUCUUCUCUACGAAGAUGGGAAUGCGAAAGCUCUAGCUAUGAGCGUCGCUGAAGGCGAUGCUUCAGAGGGCGAAGAAGUGGUAACAUGCAUCCAGUCAAUAACAGCCAAUUUAGUUAUUGGGAUUCAGAAAAACGUCGACGAGCGAAUAAUCGUUGCGUACCUCAUGCUGCUAUGCGGAUGGCUAUUUGAGGAUCCUGAUGGUGUUAACGACUUCUUGGGCGAAGGUAGCAAUAUUCAAAGUCUAGUCCAAGCUGUUUUACACACUACAUCCGCGAAUGGAAUGCUCGUUCAAGGGCUGUGCGCUAUGCUUCUGGGGAUUGUGUACGAAUUCUCUACUAAGGACUCUCCUGUUCCUAGGGCUACCAUACAUCCAAUCCUGGCCUCUCGCAUGGGACGAGAUCAGUAUAUUGAUCGAUUUAUGAAGUUGCGCCAACAUCCGUUUUUACGUGAUUAUGAAGUUCUUCCACAAAAGCUUAUUUCCGCACCCCAGGGUGGUCUUCCAGAAGUUUUCUUCGACAAGACAUUCGUCGAAUUCGUCAAGGACAAUUUCAGCCGACUAUUACGUGCAAUUGACCGAGAUCCUGGGAUGGAAGUCCCAGUCAUUGCGAAUGGAGUACAAAAAGGUAUUUCUCGGGAGAUGGUGGACUCACUGCGAUCACAAUUAGAGGAGAAGACGAAAACACUUCAGAAAGCAGAAGACGAAUUAAUUUCUGUCGGCAGGCAGUUAGGUCAAGAACAAGCGGACCAUCGCCGGGUGAAAGAGACAUCCACGAUCGAACUGGCGAGAAUCCAGCACGUGAAUGAGGCACUUCAAAAGCACCAUGAAGAAGACAUAGAGUAUAUUAUUACAUCUCGUUUUGAUUCAGAUCCAAUGCUAAUAUUAGUCAGUAAAUUACGAACAGAGCAGUCUCGAGCGACUCAAGACCUCCAGAGGCAACUUGAAAUCAUGCAGAAAGCCUCCGAGGCCGAAAAGACGCGAAUCUCUCAAGACCACCAAAGACAGCUCGACCACGUCCAAAAAACAGCUGAGGCAAAUGCCGAACGUAUUCGAAAAAGGACAGAAGCCGAAAUCUCAGAUUUGCAGAAGCACGUCAGCAAGUUGGAGGCAGACCUUGAGAAGGCAAAUAAAAACCACCUCCAAGACCUCCAAACUGCACACAAUGAAUACUCGGCGAACAAAGCCGAACAAAUUGGCCGCUUAGAACGUGCGGAGGAAAAGGCUAACGAGGCCGAGGAACGAGCCCAGACCUCGAUUGAAAAAGCCGCCAAGGCCGAAGACGCCCUAGUCGAGAAGGAAAAGGAGAAGGCGGCUAUUCAGGGCGAACUUGAUGAUCUUCUAAUGGUAUUUGGCGAUCUGGAAGAUAAGGUCAAUAGCUAUAAAGAGCGGCUCAAGGAGUUAGGAGAAAAUGUAUCUGACGGCGAAGACGAUGACGACGACGACGAAGAUGGAGAUGGAGACGAGACAGAUGAUGUCGACUGA